AUGGACAUCCAGAGAUCUCUCAGCAACGCAUUUGCAUCUCUUCGUACAAUAGCAGAACACAAAGCUUCUGGUCCAUCUGCAGGACUCAAGAGAACGGAUUCUGGAUACGAGUCACUUCAGUCGCACAAAAGCAUCGAGCUCAAUCAGCAAGCCGUUACACCAGUCGGUUCCUCGAGCAGGGGACAUGUACCUAUCCCCACCAAGACCAUCAAACUCGAAUUCUCGAACUACGCCCAAGUUGAGGUGAAACGUCGUGGUGCUAAGAGUAGUAAAAGGUAUGAAUUUGAGUAUUGGGGGAUCCGUUAUGUCUGGAAACGUAUCACAGAUCGGAUUGGAUCAUCGAAGGAAGUAUCCUUUUGCUUGUUUCGCAACGAUGAGGACCGUCCUCUUGCUCGGAUCCAGCCCACUCUCUUGAGCGGUGUGCAACAGCGCGAAGAGCUUUCGAAAGGAGGCUGGAUUCCACCUUGCACUAUGGUGNUUGUGGUCGCCGCUGGUCUGAUAGCAUUGGUAGAUGAUUGCAUCAAGCGUCGUUUCCACACCAGACCAGUCCGUGGGAUUGCCAUUCCUGUCCCAAAGUUUCGAUUAGACAUGGAGUACAAGGGUGCAGGCGCCAAACGUUCAGGCGAUGCUGCAAGCCGCUGGCCCACACCGCUUCGCAAAGGA